UAGCCUCCCUCUAUCUGCAGCAGCAGUUAUACUUGAAGUAGCAGUGACUCUUGUUCAUACAUUAUUUGUGCAUUCAUAAAACCUCUUUAACAAUAUAUUUAGGCUUAAAUAAGUAACAUGUAGGAUAUCUAGAUGGUGGCUCGUCUAAAUUACAAGCUGUGCUUUAUAAUCAUGUUUUUACAAAAUGCAUGAUCAUUAUAUGUACUUUUUUUAGUAGUAGUCCUCCACAAACCACCAACAAUCAUGUCAAGGCUCACUGGAGGCCCGACUAUGUUAGCUGUGGACCGCAGGAGAUUAAGGAGGACCAUUGCUGAAAAGCCAAACUGGUCCUUAAGCCUUGUGCCCUUUUUAUCAACUCUCUGCCUAGACUGUAUUGUAAAACAUUUUGAGGAAACUCCUAUCUAUGAAGAGCUUACGCUCAGCCAGAAAGACUAUGUGCAGGAAAGACUGCCGCUCUCUCUACCCCUUUCUGUGACUGCCAACUUGGUCGAUGAUGGCAUCUACUGGCGGCGGGCCUGUGAGCAACGGUGGGACAUUUGUGACGUGUCUCACUACAACCACAGCUGGAAGCGAAUGUUUUUCGAGAGGCACCUGGAAAACAUUCUUGAGCACUUCAUCCCAGAGACAACGUCCCUCAAGACCGUUACUGAUGAGAUCCCGCUGUGUGAGGCGUACGUGAAGAGGCUGGAUAUCUCCCAGAUGCUGCCACCCAUUAAGGAGAACAAGGGAGAUGCCAUAGACUGGUUGAGUGAAACCGACUCGGAUGCAGCUCAUAUGGAACACUAUGACUUCCGCAGUCUCCUUAAGCAGCUAAGCUGUCUCGAAGAGUUCCACUUGACCUACAGGGUCAAACACUGCGGGAUGAACUUUGAAUGGAAAAUGACGGAGAUGGCUCAGCGAGACUGUGAGACUCUUGCCAUGGCCCUUCAAUUCAGCAAGACCUUGAAGGUUGUACAACUCUAUGAAAGUCACAUUGAUGAUGAAAAGUGCAAGUUGCUGGCCAAACACCUAAUGACGCACCCAUCCCUUCUUGAGCUCAACCUUUCCCACAACGUAAUUGAAGAUAAGGGGGCCAAGGCCAUCAGCAACCUUAUCAACAGCAGCAAACUGGAGAUCCUCAACCUGAGCGACAACAUAAUUCGAGACGUGGGAGCCAACGCCAUUGCCAAAGCCUUGUUCAAUAACAGCACUCUUUUAUCCCUCAACCUAAGAAUCAACCGUGUGACCGACAAUGGGGGGCUCGCCAUUGCCAAGGCCUUAGUGAGGAACCGCACCCUGCUUCAUCUGCAUCUUGGAGCCAACCUCGUGACUGAGCCCACUGCCAUUAUGUUGUCGGAAGUUCUGGUUAAAAAUCAAACGCUGAAGACCAUCAACCUCUCCUGCAAUAAAUUGGGUGUUGAUGGAGGCAAAGCUCUGGGAGAGGCCAUAGUUCAAAACAGCUGCUUAACGGAAUGCGAUGUCCGUCUGACGGAUAUCGACGAGCAAAGUGCCUCCGUCAUCAACCAGGUGGUUUGCACCAAUAGGAACGCCUCCGCCACCAACCAGGUGCUCUUCAUCCAUGACAGCGACUUCAUCAUUGACGAGGUGAUUGACAGCAGUAAGAGCGACUCCAUCACCGACGAGGUGAUUGGCAGCAGUAAGAGUGACUCCAUCACCGAUGAGGUGAUUGGCACCAGUAUCCAGAACUUAGAGGAAGAACAGGAACAAGGUGACGAGGUGCAAUCACAAGGCGAUGAGGUGCAACCACAAGGUGACGAGGUGCAACCACAAGGCGACGAGGUGCAACCACAAGAUGAGGCGCCACAAGAACAAGAUGAUGUAUGGUUGACGUCAGCCUCUUGUUUUGUUAAACCUGCUUUGUUGUUGUCCGAUUUUGCAAUCUUCAAAUGCAAAAAAGCAAAACAUGGUUUCUCUUUUUGCAUCCACAGGAACCAUCUGAAACACCCACCUCCAAAAGCAGUUUCUGAUUCCUAUUUGUGGACUUUUUCAUUUUAUUUAAUAUUUUGUUGCAGCAUAUUGAUGAUUGGUCAAUCUAGUCAAUCCAAGUGUAAAAAUAAACAGGCAUCAGCAACUGCAGCAGCAUCUCAGCAGUAG